AUGACCGACGCGCACGACGAUUUGCUCCAAUGUGUGCUGCAGUUGGCGGCCAGCAGCGAUAAGCUCUGCGCGACGAAUGCGCUGCUGGGCACCCACUUGAAGCACAUGCGGCAGGCGCUGCCUGCGUCAGGAAUGCCCCGUCUGACGUCGAAACUGGCAGUGGUUGCAGCACCGCUUGCGCCGGAAAGUCGUACGCUGGAGGAGACGUUCCAAGAAACGCACGACGUGGGACUCGAGUCGGCCGAGCGACUGGAGAUCACCAAGUCACGGAUCGAGAAAGAGCUGCGACGGCGGUCAGAGCGCUUUCAAGACCUCGUGACGAGCCGAAACACGGACAUCCAGGAAGAGUAUGCGCGAAUGCUCAAGGAGCUGGACGAUCAAGCGGACUUGCUGGACGAAGAGAUUCGAAAGGAAAAAGAAGGAGCCGUAGCUCGAGCGAGACAACGACACGAAGAAGCGUUGGAGGGAAAAGCGAGGAAGAAACAGCGCUUGAAAGAACAAAGUGCGCAAUUGCGAGCGCAGUUGGACGAGUUCACGCUGACGAUCCGACAGCAACAGCAAGUGUUUGCGACGCUGGAAGACGAGAGUGUGAAUCACGAGGAGGAGAGCGAUCGCGAUGAUGUCCAGAGUGCCGAAGAACGGCGCCGGCUUGAGGAAGAGCGUGCUCAGAACGAAAUUGUGGAGCUUCAGCAGGAAAUCGUGCUGCUGAGGGAGGUGCAGAAGGCGACUGUCGAGAAGAUUGAUAAACAAUCGCUCAAGACUCAGUACGAAGAAGAAAAGAACGAAGCGAUGGAGGAACUAGCUCAUCUGGAAUCGUUGAUGGAAAACCUCGCGCCUCAAAUAAACACGAACGGCAUUCGGUUGCACUCGCUUCUACGGACGCUUGCUCCCUCUCCGGUCAUCGGCACGCUCAUGACACGCAUCUAUCAGCAGCUGAGCAGCGAUCCUCUAGCACCGUCCAUGGAGACCGAGUUGCCUUCCACUCCGCGGAAGACAGUCGAUCUGAAAGAGUUUCUCAAUAGCUGUCCAAGUUGUGAGGAAGGCAGCCAAGCAAUCAGCGAGCUCAAGAAGCUGCAGCUCGUGCAUUGCUACGAGUCUAGUGGAAUUGUCGCGCUGGCAGAUUAA